UUCAGGUGUCGACAGCGCAAAAUAUAGAGUUAAAAUGGAAGCGAAACGAAUGCGAGUGACAAACUGCAAGCAGUUCGAACUUAUGGUGGCCCGGAUGGAAGCACAUCCUGCUGUUGCGAAGGGACUAAAAUUUUGCGAAGCUUCGCGAAUAACGAGAGAAUCCUAUUUGGAAAUUCGGAACGAUCUGACCACUGGCUUGAAUAGUCUCGGACCUCCGACGCGGUCGGUUCAUGAAUGGCAAAAGGUUUGGACAGAUUUUAAAUUAAAAGUAAAGCGCAAGCUCGCACAUAACAAACGCGAGACAGAAGCGACUGGUGGCGGACCCAACCAAUUAAUAAAUUUAUCAUCGACAGAGGAAGCGGUAGAAAGUUUGUUGCCUCUCGAUUGCGCGGUUUACCAAUCAGCAUCCAUCAAGAAUCAUCGUGACGCUUUCAUUGGUUUCGGUUUGGAGUGUUCAGUCGUAGUGAGGCCACUGAAGGGACCAAAUUGGCGUUUCUGGAAAACGAGAAAAACAUUUCCUCCAUUCCGGGUCAUCUUCCGAAGUGAUUGUAAAUAAAUAUUUUGCACUUACGCAAGAAUUGAAUGUAUAAAUUUGAAAUUUAGUGUAAUAC